UUUAUUGGUGCUUCUAGAAACUUGUGGGAUUCAUUGGAGAACAGGGAAAGAGUAGCAUUCUUGUUUUCUUGUACGAUGAUGGAGGAAGGUCGUUUGAUGCUGCUGCAUACCUGUACGAGGUACUGCUUGAGCAGCAAGCAGCAGUAGAAAUUUGCGAGUUCUGAAACAAAGGUCUCUCUUUCGCUGAUUGAGAUAUGGCGCUCAGGGCAUCAACAGCUUGGGCUGACGCGCCGCGGGGCCUCCAGCUCGACAGCAAGAAGCGGGAAUGUGUCUUCGUUGUCAAUCCCAAAGGGAAUGGAGCAACAUUUUCCCCAAGCUCUCGCUUGAGCUCAGCAAACAUUACAAUGUGAGUAAGUAUGUUGAUUCUAUGUUUGCAAGAUCUUGGCACUCGCAGGUCUCUCAGGUGAGGACGUCGGGACCAUUCCAUGCCACGGAAGCUACAAGAAAGGCUGUUGAGGACGGAGCUGCUGCUGUGAUUGCCGUUGGUGGCGAUGGUACACUUCACGAGGUUGUGAAUGGCUUCUUUCACGACAAUUGCGCCUCCGCGGAUGAGAGCAGCCAUAAGACAGCUCUCGGGCUCAUCCCUCUUGGAACAGGCUCGGAUUUUGCUCGAACAUUCGGCUGGAGCAAUGAUCCUUACCAAGCCAUUCAUCGGAUCGCCCGAGGAGACCAUCGACGCAUUGACACUGGCUACGUUUCUGUUGGUGGAAACCGGCAUCAUUUCAUCAACGUUGGAGCACUUCAUUUGAGCGCACAGGCCGGAUACCAUGCCACUAAGUAUAAGUGGCUGGGAAACUUGUCUUACGUGAUAGGGGCAUUGCAGGCGUUCAUGCAUCACAAGAAUCGCGACCUUGAUAUCCGGAUCAACGGAGAGGAGUGGAAACGUUUUUCAAGAGUUACAUCCAUUGCAAUUGGAAAUGGCAAGUACUUUGGCGGCGGCAUGAAAAUCACGCCAACAGCGGAUCCUUACAGUGGAGAUCUUGAGGUGACCAUUUUGCAACACUUUCAGUGGUACCACUUUGUGAUACACUUGUUCAAGCUGUACAAGGGCACUUUUCUCGAACUGAACAAUACGUGGCGGUUCGACAAAGUGAAGAGCAUCGAGAUUAAGGAGGCCGACAACGAGAGUGGAGAUGACGGCGUGUUUGUCCAGGCUGAUGGAGAGCAUCUUGGUUUUCUUCCCGCCGAGUUUGGGAUCUUGCCAGGCAGCCUCGACUUCCUGUGCUGAAACUCUUUGGCGACGCGACAUACCGUUCUUUUCUCUACGCUAACGCGUGGGUGUUAUAGUUGCGACAUUUGUUGUUGUCGAAAGGAAAAGAGAAAAGAGCCAGGGGAUCGAAAUCAAUCAAAUCAAGCCAUGACGAAGACAAAGAAGAGGCAAAGGAGCAGAGAGAGAGAGAGAGGAAAAAGAAGGUGUCUUGAAGUUUCAAAGGCUUGACCGGGGUCCUUGUCAAAGAGUGUUGUUUUCCUUGUCGUGCUCAUAGGUUUUGUAUUUGAUAUAUGGCCAUCUUUUGACCAGA